CCUGCAGGCGGGGGCGGCAGUGCCCUGGGUUCGGGGCUUGUGUCCCGCGCUCGCAGUCGGGCACAACUUAAGGAAAUGAUAGGGUACUCCACAGUGGGUUGCGCUUGAGAUUUCGUUUCCGGGUGUGAUGGCCCCACGAUUAAGAGCGACCCAAAGCGUUGCUAUUAACGAUGAAUGUGAGCAGUUGUCAAGCUUCAUCCCUGAUUGUGGAGUCUGAUAAGAGAUUCUGUUUAAUCACACUUCUGUUACGUGCAAGUCUCCGGGUGGGCAGAGAAGGAUGUUGGAGGGAGAGUGGAGGGGACAGAGCAUGGUUAGUCGUUAUGGAAUCAAUAGUUUUUUUUUAAAGACCAUGUCACCAUUUGGAUGGGUGAGGAGUUUGUAAUUUGGAGAAUGAGAGAUGCUUGAUACUGCUACUUACAGAGACAGGAGCCAGGUAUCAGUAUCAUCCCCACCCAGCCAGUUUCCUUCUGAGGUUUGAUUUCUCAUCUUGAAAAGAGGUUGGACUCUGGGUCUUUUAGCUUUUAAAUUCUGGGACUUAUAAAUCUGUAAUCUGAUAAAGUUAACAUUGUUGUUUACUAUGUCUAUCCUCCUUGUGUUAUAAAUUCAUGUAUAAAUUUAACUUUUUUUUUUUUAAUUGGGUUAGAGACCUCAGUAUGCUUGUGUUUUACAAACAUUCCAUGAGUGUAUGCAGGACCUUUGAGCUAAGCAACUUAGAGCAUUUCCAUAUAUAUUAUUUGUCACCAGGACAUGUCUUUGAGAAAUUGAGGUACAAAUGUUAAAGAUGCUAAAUUGUUUGCCUAGGCUCAAAAACAAUCUAAGUUAGAUUUUAAAAGUAAUGUUUUCCAGUAAUAACUUUUCUGAACUUUGUGAAGAUAUUGUACUUUGGACCCUAGAACCAUGUAAUAGAGUCAACAGGAGGCCCUUCCACAUUUGAAGGUGCUUGUUAAAGGAGAAUAAAAAGGUAAAAAAGAAAAACAAGGGGAAUGAAAAGGCACAAGCAAGUAAUUCAGACUCAGCCUCACUACUAAAUAAAGUGCAACAAUAGAAAUGGAUGGAGGUAAAAGAUGGAGAAAUCUUGGAGUUCACCACUUUCCAUCUCUCUGGCUGGUAAAAAUGUGAGAUUGAUUUGUUCCGUUUGUUUCUUUAGAACUAGUAGGCAAAUCACUACAUUUUGGUUAAAGAAUGAAAACAUAUGCCCUACUUUAUCUUCCUGGGUACUUUGGACUAGGAAGCAAACAAAAAAAAAAUCACUAUUUCUAUCUUUAUUUUUCACAAUCCUUUAUAUCAUAGAACUGUUUUAUGUUGAGUUGAUAAUUUUUAGAAAUUCUGUUGAUUUCCAUUUGUAGAUUUCAACUCUUUGACACUGUCUUGAAGCUUCUGCUUUUUAUCUUUUCUGAAUUUCUAAAUGAAAUUUUCUUUGUUUCCUUUACUUUUAGCUUCCUGUACUUUGUGUGACUGUCAUUUCAGUGGUAUAAACCCAAGAUCCUUCCAUUCUUGAAUUGAUAACUUUUUAAUAUAGCUAACCACAGUGGUCUCUUGGUGAUCGCUACCAUUUCAUAAUAGAAAAAGUAGGUUCUCUUUGUAUUCUUUGGUCGCAGUUGCAAACAAAAAGGAGAAUCUUCUGAUGAUGGACGUAAGGUCACUCUGUGGGACUAAGUGCCAGAUGGUUUGUGAAUUGGGAUGGGGACCACAGUUAGCAUGAGACAGUACAGUUUGUUUUAAUAGUUACGACAAUCAGCAUACUUUUCUUUCUGCACCUAACAGUGCCUACUGCAUAGUAGGCAUGCAGGAAAUAUUCAUUAGUUGAACGAAUGAAUGGGAAACAGUAGGGUGUAGGGGAAAUAUUCUAGUGAUUGUAUUAAAUUGUUUAGUUCCUCUUUUUGUCAAAACAAAAACCAAGAAAAUUUAUUUCUGAUUCCUGUUGAAAAUAUUCUGUUGAGAUGGGUUUCUGAAAAGACCUUUACUUGCUGGAGCUGCCUGAGAUUCUAUGAUUAUAUGGUUCUCCAGCUACAUGCAGGCCUGGGAGCAGCCUGUAGUGCUCAGGUAAGAUGUGGCUUCACAGACUUGCACCUCCUCUGGCUAGGCCACCUAAGCCAUUGGCUUGGUAGUCAAUACUUUAGCAUUAAUAGAAGAAUCUAGAGCUCUUGGUAUUGGCCCUGCCAGUGGCAUUGAUCUUGACUGCCCAUAUUCUUGUACCUCAUGUGGAGAGACAAAAUAGGAGAGGGUGCUUCUUGAGGAACCCUGGUGGCACAGCAGUCUGCUUCCAUAAAGAUUUAUAGCCUUGGAAACCCCAUGGGGCAGUUCUACUCUGUCCUGUAGAAAAAACCGCUGAAACAUAAAUGCACCUGUACAGAAUGUAAGUUCACUAUCUAAACCAAGGAUGAGAAACAAAAAAGUUCUUUGGCAGCCCAAAUACUGGUUACAAAGUUCAUACACUAAUACUUGAUGGAAUUGACUCAAGGGCAACAGGUUUUGGGUGAGGUGCUUCUCCAGCAGCUCCUCCUUCCGCAUGUGUAUAUUUCUCACUCUCCUCCUUCCUUGAGUUGCCUCUGUAACCCUCAAGGCCACUGCAUGAUUUCUUUAGUGGCAUGGACCUGGUGUGCAGGGCAGAAGGUCUUACUCUACUACUGAAGCCAGCUUCUGACCAGCCUACAGUGUCAACGUGACUGCUAGAAUCGCCUAGAAGAGAAUGUAAUGCACAGAUCUCACUUCUGAUUUUUGUCUUUCUUAUCAAAAACAAAAGUACGCCUAGCUCUGGACUUGAAGAAUCUUGAGGUGAGUGUGUCAUUCCAUUCUGAGAAAUGGAGGCUUAUGCAGAAAGGAAACGUUGAGCUUUGGUGUAUGUUUGGGGUCCACAUUUUCUGGCCAGGUAACAACCCUUGGGAGGGGUUUUUACUUGGGGUACAUUAGAAAAUGUCAAGGAUUUAUGAGUCGGAAUCGACUCAACGGCAGUGGGUUUUGGUGGUGGGAAAGCGGGCAGAACAAAGUAGAAGAUGCCUAUCAUUCUGUGCUCUCAAAUGUUGACUUUCUGCUUUAGCAACACACUGCAUUUACCUAGUAUUGUUAGGAAAUAGGGUAUUUUGUGCCAUAGUUCUUAUUUUAGCUACACUUUUUGUAGAAAAACUUUUUAUAAUGUAUUACAUAGUUUGUUUCCUUUUUAAACAAUAUACUGUAACCUUAUUUUGUUGAUUCAAGGUAAUGACUGCCAGUGUCAAUUACUGACAUGAUCAAGUGAUGCUUUGAGGUGAUUGAAAUAUGUAGAUUGUUUGUUCAUCCUGCUUUUUGAAUUCUUAUAUAUACUUUUUAUAGUCAGUCUGUCUCUUUUUCCAGGAUGGGAAAGCUGUACUUUUGCUGCUGUUGGUGUCCCUGCCGCCCUCUCUUAAAUAUACAGCUUCUGAUCUUCUGUGGAGUAGGAACCAAGAUAACUGCCUCCUGAAAUUGAAUGUCAAACGGCUAAAUAGGCACUGGAGUCUAUUGGCUUUUGUCUGAGUAUUAGUGUAUGAACUUGGUAACCACUGUUUUGGCUGCCCAAAGACCUUUUUUGUUUAUUUCUUGUUUCUCAUCCUUGGUUUAGGUAGUGAACUUAAGUUCUGUAUAGGUACAUUUAUGUUUCGGUAGUUCUUUCUGUAGAAAAAAGAAAAUAAUAUGGAAGUACUAGCGUUGGUUCUCAUUUCAGAAAGCAUUGCCAAAAAUACGUGAAGAUCUGGUUCCAGCCCUGUCUUGCUUCAUUCCUGGGUAGUGUCCUGGGCCAUCUCCAUUCUUCCUCUUGGCAUUUCUAGAUUGGUGUCUGCUCCCACUUCGAACCACCACAAGGAACCAGGAAUUGUGGGAGGCACUUCAGUGAAGAAAUGGACCAGUGUGUAUAAUCAUGGAAUCUUCUUGCUAACCAUCGUCCCCAGCUCUCCUUGAUAAGUGAGAGAGAUCGGGUCAGGGGAGAAGGAGAAGAGGUCACCAUGAAGCUAAAGCAGCGAGUUGUGCUGUUAGCAAUUCUCCUAGUCAUCUUUAUCUUCACCAAAGUUUUCCUGAUUGACAACUUAGAUACAUCAGCUGCCAACCGGGAGGACCAGAGGGCUUUUCACCGAAUGAUGGCUGGCUUACGGGUGGAGCUGGAGCCCAAGCUAGACCACACCUUGCAGUCUCCCUGGGAGAUUGCGGCUCAGUGGGUGGUUCCCCGGGAAGUGUACCCUGAAGAGACACCAGAGCUGGGGGCCAUCAUGCACGCCAUGGCCACCAAGAAAGUCAUUAAAGCUGAUGUGGGUUAUAAAGGGACGCAACUGAAAGCCUUACUGAUACUUGAAGGAGGACAGAAAGUUGUCUUCAAACCUAAGCGGUAUAGCCGAGACUAUGUGGUAGAAGGGGAACCUUAUGCUGGUUAUGAUAGACACAAUGCAGAAGUAGCAGCCUUUCAUUUGGACAGGAUUCUGGGUUUCCGCCGAGCCCCCUUGGUGGUUGGCAGAUUUGUUAAUCUGCGGACAGAAAUCAAGCCUGUUGCCACGGAGCAGCUGUUGAGCACCUUCCUCACCGUAGGAAACAAUACUUGUUUCUAUGGGAAGUGUUACUACUGCCGAGAAACAGAGCCAGCUUGUGCCGAUGGAGACACGAUGGAGGGAUCUGUCACGCUUUGGCUUCCAGAUGUGUGGCCUCUGCAGAAACACAGACACCCAUGGGGCAGGACUUACCGAGAGGGCAAAUUGGCCAGGUGGGAAUAUGAUGAGAGCUACUGCGACGCUGUGAAGAAAACAGCCCCUUAUGACUCGGGCCCGCGCCUCCUGGACAUCAUUGACACAGCUGUCUUUGAUUACCUGAUUGGUAAUGCUGACCGCCAUCACUAUGAGAGCUUUCAGGAUGACGAAGGUGCCAGUAUGCUCAUCCUUCUUGAUAAUGCCAAAAGCUUUGGGAACCCCUCGCUGGAUGAGAGAAGCAUUCUUGCCCCUCUCUAUCAGUGUUGCAUCAUUCGGGUUUCUACUUGGAACAGACUGAACUACCUAAAGAACGGUGUGCUGAAGUCUGCCUUAAAAUCGGCCAUGGCCCAUGACCCCAUUGUCCCAGUGCUCUCUGACCCUCACCUGGACGCCGUGGACCAGCGACUCCUGAGUGUCCUGGCCACCGUGAAGCAGUGCACUGACCAGUUCGGGGCGGACACUGUGCUGGUGGAAGACAGGAUGCCUCUCUCCCACUUGUAAUUCUCAACACAAAAUAACGUGAAACUUCUUUUUAUGAAGAUAGAGAAACAGCACAAUCAAUUCCAGACCCUCUCCAAUGGGCUGAAAUGGCCAGCAGCACGUUCUGGUGAUAAGGGGCAGGUGGCCUUGGAUGUCUUUGGUGUUUUCUGUAGCAGAAACUAAAGCAAAGACUCUAAGUGUCAGACCACGGAGCUGCUCCUGCUAACUCACCUUCUGACGUCCUUGGCAUUGUGCGCCCAUCCUAGCAAUGGGGGCUGUGGUUGGUCACUUUUAAUUUCCCAUGCCAAAGGAUUAAUAGAGGCAUAACAUUUGGGUAGGUUUUUGCUGAAACUGGUUCUGGAGUGUGUUUUGAGUUGAACCUUGCAGUCCUUUCUCCACACUGUGGAUUUUCUGAAAAUACUUUGCAAUCUCGUGUCCUUUUUUUACCACAACUAGUCAAAUUGAAAAGCUUACUGCCUCCUAAGGAGUGGCAGCAAAUAAAACCUUGUAUUCUGUUGAGCCAGAAUAGCACUUCUGUUGGAGGGGAUAUAUAUUAAGGGAAUAGAAUUAGAAAGAAGGGCAAAAACAGAUGUUUUAACCAGCUGUGGAGUAUUCCUUCUGAUAAUUCUUAGGGGAGGGAAGAAGAGAGAGAGACUCACUUCGUAGGACCAGAAUCAGGGAGAUGAUUGACUCGUAUACUGAGAUCAUUAGCAAUCUCAGUAUUUAAGUUCUUCAGGUAUGAAAAAAACAAAGAUGACUCUGUACCUAAGUAAAAUCUGUAGUCUUAUGGUUAUGUCCAAAUUAACCAAGAAUUUGUCCCUAGAGAAAAUACUACUACAUCUCAAGCAUGGUUCUCUUACGGAGACUAUUUUUCCCGCCUUGUGCCCAAAGCAGGCAAAUUCUUUCUAAAUUAACAAAGCAAACUGAAGUAAUACCUUGAACGAGAGGUUGGUUGCCUGUGAUCUCUGCCAUCCUCAUUUCUCUUUUGAGAUGAAUUUCCACCUCUGCCUUUAAGGCAUUUGGCUAUUGAACCUGCUGUUCCCAAGAAAUUGGCAACCCUGUUUGUGCCUCCCUUGUGAGAAAAGCCAGCUUACUUCUACAGAUGACAGCUCGCGCCCUGCUGGUGUCUGGACUUAGCUCGUGAUUUGGACCGAGCAAAACAGAGAUUUUAGUCUUCUGAGCCUAGAAAUUAAAGAGGUUGCCAUGAGGCGCCUUAAGAUUUUGAUUUCUUUCAAACCCUAAUUUCACCCUUUAGUCUCAUCUUGGUUCUGAACCCAUGAUGUAGUGGCACCCUCCCGGCUCCUCCGAGCACUUGCAAACUCUAGGUGCCUAGAACACAGGCUUAUUUUUGUGUUCUCGCAAAGUGAUUUUGACAGGUAAACAGUUGGAGUAAAAUCAGGGGCCAAGGAGGACAGGCCUGGUGUGGCCACUCACCUGUGUGUCAGAGCUGCGUGUUUCUCCUGCAUCUUGUCUGGGCGUUGUUCCGGUUUUGCACUUCUGUCCAUAUUUAAACAGUGUGGUUGAACAAAUUUAAUGUCAAUCAUUGGAGACCAGUUUUAGGCACCCACACUUUUAAUAGCUUUAGAACUUUUCCCCAAUUAUCUCACAUUGAAAGAUAACUGAGUAACCUGUAACUACUUUAAAAGAGCAUGAAAUUAGGGUACUUUUGUACUGUGUAUAUACAUUUGGAGAUGGGCAUAGAAUGGGCUGAGUUAUAAAAAAGAGUAUUGAACUUAAAAAGACAGAUACUAGCACAAAACAUUGAAGUAGUGUUAACAAAAGGGAGCUUUGAUUCUAACCUUAGGGACAUUUACUGUGUGUGUCGGGGAAAUUCACAAUUCAGCUUGAGAAUACCUUGGAUAGUGCUGCCCCGAAAGCUUCUGGGAGACAGCUGGAGGGAGGCAGUGGGAAGGUUGUGAGCUGUGUUCUCCUUGAUAAACAUCAGCUGAACUAAAUUGGGGAUUAGUGUUUUUUCAAACACGUGAUGCCUUGAGUAUGCUGCACUGGAAUGAGUAAAGAACCAUUCCCAAACUGGGAACUUAAUUCAUAACGCUGAAGGCAGAAAAUUCUGCCAAGGGAAAAAGCAAUGGGAAAGCUACUUUGAAAAAGGUCUCAUCCUUUAGAAAGUUGAAGAAAACGUAUCAUGUUAUUCUGUUUCCCUACUGAUUUCAAACUCAUGGUUUUAAAAGGUGUCCAGACCCAUGAUGAAGUUAGAAUUAAACUCAUAGAGUGGUACAGCAUGACAGCUGAGAAAGAAAUUUACAUUCUAAGUCAGGACUGCAUUGAGCUGGAAAAGUAUGUUUAGGCAAACCUUGGAGGAAACCAAGCUUACAACCCUAAAUUUCGUGAACACUGAAUUCUAUUUGGAAAAAAAAAAGAGGUAGAUGUCUUUUUGAAAAAGUUUGUAAUACUGUCCUCCUUAUGGUUUGUUUAUUUAUUAGAUUCUAGUGCUGUUACAACGAAAAGGAUCUCUUGGAAAGGCUCUCGGUUUUGAUCAGCCCUGCGUUGGGCGUGCCUAGCUAACAUCUAAAGGUAGACGUGGAUCCACUUUAAUAUGAUAAAGCGGAACUGUCUGCCACUUCAUGCCCUCCUCCCACUUCUUAAAAAACAUUUAUUCAGAAGUUUGAGUGGGGAAAUGUGGGUAGAGAGAUUUCCUUCUAUAUGAGUCUAUAUUGUGGGCUUGGGGAGGGGCGUAAAUAACUUUUCUUUGCAAAACAACAAAUAGAAGGAUCUGAUGUUGCCUAGAGUAUUGUUCAGUAAUGUAUAAAUGAGGCAUUUCUCCCUGUCUGCAUUCAGGGUUACCAUGUCAAAUGGAAUGUAAGAAGGAAGUGGAAGAAUUCGGGUCGAUCCAUUACAUAUUAUUUUGGGAAAGAUGAAUCACUUACAUGGCAGUUCUUCAGUGUCACCUGAAGGCAAUGUGUUUUUCCCCAUGAAAUCCAUCUUUCUUUUCUUAAAGAAGAAAAGCCUCUGGCCUCCCUUCCCCAUCUACCACACUCCUUCAGACUCCCUUCUCUGCCAUCCUGUAUUCUUGUUUGACCUGUAACUGACCGCACCUGAAUGUGAGUAAAACAGUGUCCGUCAGUGGCUAUCUUGUAUGAGGCAUCCUGUGAUCUCGAGCUUCAGGAAACAUGAGUAACGGUGUGUGUAUAUAUAUGGUUGUAUAUGUAUUCUAGCAAGAAAGUGUAUUUGGACACGGGGAGACAUCGGCUUUUGUUGCCGAAGGACUUGAAGGUAGGCUAGUACAGGGUUGUCUGAGCAAGCACUAAGUGACGCAGACCAUUCAUUCAGCAAGCAUGUAGUGAACAGCUCUGGGUGCGCCCCACAGACUGACUUCUGUGAGACUCACUCUGCAGGAGAAGGCCUGUUUUUCCCCCUCUAUUUCUGAAGUCUGGGUGGUGAAAAGGUAGGGACUGGGUACUUUACUACCACAGGUUUCUAAGGAACCAAGGUGUUACUCACAAACACAAAAUGUGGGGGGAUCUGGGGGAACUUACUAGGAAGCUAAUUUAUUUGCUUAAAAGGGAGGUGUAGGAACCGCCGCCCUCUGUACUGCUCUGCCAAGGGUUUCCUCGGAGCUGUUGCGCAAAUAGAGGUUGUACUUGGUAAGACACCAAGACAGAUGCGUACCUAAGUUUCUAGUGUGUUCCAUGGGUUCAAUUCUGAAAAGAAAAAAAAUAAAAGAUUUUAAUAAACA